AUGUCUAAUGAUAAUGUUGCUCAUGCUCUUUCAGGAGCCGGUGGUGGUGCUCUUUCUAUGGUAGUCACCUAUCCAUUGAUCACUCUGUCCACUCGUGCCCAGACCGAGUCGGCCCGAUCUCAAACUUCGGAGCAGGGCAAAGCCCAGAAACUCACUGCUGUUGAAGCAGCCAAGCAAAUUAUCGCUCGUGAAGGUAUCAGUGGACUAUAUUCUGGUCUUGAAUCUGCUUUAUUUGGUAUCUCCAUCACCAACUUCAUCUACUACUACUUCUAUGAGGGUACCAAGGCGAUCUAUCAACAGACCAAUCCUCAGCUGUCGACAGCUCAAAGUAUGAUUGCUGGUGCCAUUGCAGGCUCGGCUACCUCUGUAUUAACCAACCCGAUCUGGGUGGUCAACACCCGUAUGACCGUUCGUGACACCGACGGUGAGAAGGCCACUACUCUGUCUACCAUCCGAGAUAUCAUCCACAAGGACGGAGUUGGUGCCUUUUUCUCGGGCAUUGGUCCUGCUCUGGUACUGGUGAUCAACCCAGUGCUGCAAUAUACGAUUUUCGAGCAGCUGCGAAACGCGGUAGAAAAGCGUCGUAAAAUGACCCCUCUGGACGCCUUCUUCAUUGGCGCCCUCGGCAAAAUUGUCGCCACCUCGGUCACAUACCCCUACAUCACCCUCAAAGCUCGACUCCAGCUUCGCCGCAAGAACAACUCCGAGUCGUCCUCCCUCAUCCAGGGCAUCAAAAACAUCAUUGAGCGAGACGGCGUCUCCGGUCUCUAUAAGGGACUCAGCACUAAAGUGUUGCAAUCGGCCCUCAGCUCGGCCUUCCUUUUCUUCUUCAAGGAGCAGCUUUUCGCGGCAGCCGUUGUCGUGCUCGCCCUCAUCCGUAACUUGCGUGCCCGAAAAUAA